GCCCCAGCCCUGCCGGGAAGCGGGUUCCCAGUCCCGGCCGAGAGCGCGGGCGCCGAGGGGACCGACCUGGACCCCCCUCGCCCCGCCACCGCCCGGCCAUGGCGCCCCCGGGGCUCCUGGUGGCUGGCGCCUCCUUCCUCGCGUUCCGGGGGUUGCACUGGGGGCUGCGGCGGCUGCCGGAAUCGGCCGCUCGGGACCGCUGGCAGUGGCGGAACCUCUGCAUCUCCCUGGCGCACAGCCUGCUCUCGGGGGCCGGGGCGCUGCUCGGCCUGUCACUGUACCCUAGAUGGCCGCCGAUCCCCAUCCAUGGCCACCUGCGCUGGGCUCUGGUGCUGGUGGCUGUGUCUGUGGGUUACUUCCUGGCAGACGGAGCUGCCCUGCUGUGGAACCAGACCUUGGGCAAGACCUGGGAUCUUCUCUGUCAUCAUUUGGUGAAUGGCGUGGCCCUCUUCCGCCUGGUCCUGCUGGGGUGGAUGAGUCUGUGGUUGUUCCAGCAGCGCCACCAGGUUCCUCUUGCUCUGGUCACCCUGGGUGGAAUUGGGCUGGUCACUGUGGGCGUCAUGAGCAUCAUAUUGGGGAUCUGCAUUCUGGUCAAUGAUGUCCUGCAGUCUCGACCCCAUCCAGCCAGCCCUGGGCACGAGAAAACCAGGGGGACCAGGACACGUCGUGACGAUGGACCUGUCACCAGGGACAGUUCGACUCUCAGCCUGAAAGACUGGAGAGAAGCCGUGGGCCCCUCGCUGGGGGAGGUGGGGCCAGGACAAGGAGAUGAGGGUCUUCCAUGCACUUUCAUCCCCCAUCGGGGUGAGGGCCAGACUGGCUCAUCAGCAUCUCAGUUUCUCUUCCAGCUAACUCACAUCCCUUCCCCUUCCUAGGAUCUAAGAAGAAAUGCUGAUGUUGGAUGGGUGGGAACCUGGGUUUCUGUUCACUGAAAUCUGUCAUCAGAUGAGUGCCCUUUCCAGCAAAUAAACUAAUGAGGUACAGCCAGAGCUAUCAGUAAAGGGUGGCAGGAGGCAUGCAGCUGGAAGAAACUGCCAGUGGAGACAGAAGCUCUUUGCUUUAACCCAGGGACAGAUGGGGGAAGGUGAAGUCCCACUAGGAUCAGAGAGAUCUGGUAUGGGGCCGGUAGGGACAGAGAGAAAAGAGAUCUCACCUAUAACCAAAUUCUGGCAGUGGGAAGAAGGUAGAGGAGGUGCUAUCUGUAGCAGCAGAGAUGGACAUGAUAGUUGCCAAGAGACAGAACCUGGGCCACAGCAAUUGCUGCUGAUGUUUCUGGUUCUCAAAGCCACACUCCUGUUUUUCUUUUUUUUCUUUUCUUUUUUUUUUUUUUUUUUAUGAGACGGAAUCUCACUCUGUCACCCAGGCUGGAGUGUAGUGGCACGAUUUCGGCUCACUGCAACCUCAGCCUCCUGGGUUCAAGUGAUUCUCCUGCUUUAGCCUCCCGAGUAGCUGUGACUUCAGGCAUGCACCACCAAGCCCAGCUAAUUUUUGUAGGUUUUGGUGGAGAGGAGGUUUCACCGUGUUGCCCAGGCUGGUCUCAAACUCCUGACCUCAAGUGAUCCACCCGCCUCGGCCUCCCAGAGUGCUGGGAUUCCAGACGUGAGCCACUAUGCCCAGCGCACACUCCUGUUUUUCUACUUAACCCUGGUUCUGCUGUGUCUAGCCUUUUAUUUUUAGUAUCUUUUGACUUUUUCUUUUCUGUUUUUUUUUUUUUUUUUUUGAGACCAGUUCUUGCUCUAUUGCCCAGGAUGGAGUGCAGUGGCUUGAUCUUGGCUCACUGCAGUCUCAGCCUCCCAGGCUCAAGCUAUUCUCCUGCCUCCCACCUCAGCCUCCCAAGUAGCUGGACUACAGUGCACGCCACUGCACCGGUCUAAUUUUUGUAUUUUUUGCAGAGACCAGGUUUUGCCAUGUUGCCCAGGCUGGUCUCAAACUUCUGCACUGAAGUGAUCCGCCCGCCUCAGCCUCCCAAAGUGCUGAGAUUACAGACGUGAGCCACCAUA